AGUCACUCUAAGGCUGCGGAUUUUGUUCGUUUUGUUUCUCUGUUUUUGCGUGAAGUUCAGCAUUAUCAUCCCGGUAGCUAGUAAAGUCGUAGUGACAGUGCAAUUCUGAGAAAAUGUUCCGUAACCAAUACGAUAGCGAUGUAACGGUCUGGAGCCCCCAGGGGCGCCUGCAUCAGGUAGAGUAUGCCAUGGAAGCCGUAAAACUUGGCUCGGCCACUGUAGGACUGAAGAACAAAGAUUAUGCUGUACUGAUUGCCCUUAAGCGCGCAUCGUCGGAGUUGUCGUCAUAUCAGAAGAAAAUCAUUCCUAUUGACGACCAUUUGGGUAUUUCCAUUGCUGGAAUCACAGCGGAUGCCAGAAUCCUCAGCCGGUACAUGCGUCAAGAGUGCCUGAACUAUAAGUAUUCGUACGAUGACAACUAUCCCGUGGGUCGCUUGAUUGCCAAUUUGGGUAACAAAAUGCAAGUUUGCACCCAGCGAUAUGACCGACGUCCGUACGGCGUAGGUUUGCUGGUAGCCGGUUACGAUGAUCAGGGACCACAUAUUUAUCAAACAUGUCCAAGUGCUAAUUUCUUUGACUGCAAAGCCAUGUCUAUUGGAUCUCGUUCACAAAGUGCUCGUACUUAUUUGGAAAAGCAUUUAAAUGAAUUCCCAGAUUGUAGCAAAGAAGAACUGAUUCGUCAUGGCGUUCAGGCCUUACAGGAUACAUUGCCAAACGAAGUUGAGCUUAAUAACAAGAACAUUUCGAUUGCUAUUGUUGGAAAGGAUGAAAUUUUCCACAUUCUCGAGGAAAAUGAAAACGGUCAAUAUUUGACCAAUAUAGUGCGUCGCGGAGGUGGAGGUGCUGGCCAAGCGGCUACUAGCGGGGGUCAACCACCGGCAGACGAUGAUCAACCGCAACCCCCAAACGAACCAACGGAGCCGAUCCCUGCCGUUGCGAUGGAGACCUAGAAGGUGAAAGCGCCGUGCUAAUCGAUGGAGCAUCUGCCUCGGAUAUUGGUCAGGAUUGCAACCAACAUUUGUAUUCGUCUGAUUCUGCUAGGACACCGUUUUUGAAAGAUAGGAUGUUUAGAUGGGUGGGAGUUUAAAAAAUAAAAUGUUUUUUAAGCUCCCACCCAAAUAGCGCGAUUUCGAGGAUGGUUGUUCACUGGUCACAGUCGAUGGCAUUGCUUUUUACAAUUAAAUAUAUUCAACUUACAGAACUGUUAUUCUU